AUGCACUCUUGGUCCUCCUCCAGGAGCAAGUCGUCGACGCCGGACCCGCUCAUCGACGCCGCCGUUUACAAAGAGGCUCUCGACGAGGCGCCCGACCAAACUGGUCGCCUUGCAGUCGUCACGGGAGCAAACUCUGGGCUCGGCUUCUGGCUGGCUCGCUCGCUAGCGCUGAAGGGCGCCAGAGUCAUAUUAGCGUGCCGCAACGCGGAGCGUGCAACAAGCGCACGGGACCGGAUCGCGGCGGACCUCAAGUCGAAGGGCGCCGCCGCCAGCCUCGCUUGUGAGGAGCUCGACCUCGCCUCGCUCGCCUCGGUGCGCCGGUUUGCUUCGAGGCUCCGCCGACAGGAGUCGUCUCUCGACCUGCUCGUGUGCAACGCGGGCAUCCUCGGCGGCGGUGCCUCGGCCGAGCUCACCGAGGACGGCUGGCCGCUCGAGUUUCAGGUCAAUCACCUCGGCCACUUUCUCCUCUGUGCCGAGCUCUGGCCGCUGCUCCGCAACACUCAGGGUGCGAGGGUCGUGGUGCACUCGUCGCUCGGCCACGCCGCCGGGUACUUUGAGGACGAGACGCCGCACCGCGCGUCCUGCCGCUACCUCCUUCCCCUCCCAUACGGCGCCUGGCGCCGCUACGCCGCCUCCAAGCUCGCUCAGAUGCUCUUUGCCGUCGAGCUGCGCCGCCGGCUCGACGCCGCGUCCCGGCUGCCGCAGAGCGACGGCGGCGACGGCGGCGGCGGCGACAGCAGCGGUAGCGAGGGCGGCAGCAGCGACGGCGGCGGCGGCGGCGGCGGCGGCGGGAGCGGCGGCGGCGGUGGUGGCGGCGGCGGUGUGAUCGUGGUGGCGGCGCAUCCCGGCUCUGCUCUCACGCCGAUGAUUCAGAGCAGCGCGGCUCGCAACCCGUUCUUGCGCUGCUGGGUGGACUACGCUUCGGGGCUCGCGCACUCUGUGCCCGAUGCGAGCGCGCCCCUCCUCGUCGCCGCCACGAGCCCCGGCGCCCGAAGCGGCGACUACUACGGCCCUCGCCACAACCCUUUCGGCUUCCACGACCUCGGGCUGCGCGGCCCGCCGGCAAAGGUGCGGCCGUGGGGCUUCGCGGCGGACGCUGCAAAGGCGGCCGUGCUAUGGGAGUUUUCGGAGCGGGCGUGCGGCAUCUCGUUUAGCCCUGAGGCAAACUAG